AGCAGCAGCAUCUUUGAGAAGCACAAACAACAUCCAGGGAAAACCCAGGAGAUAAACCAAACACAAACCACGUCGGCGUGUUUCGGCUCCACAGUCUGCAUCCGCUGAACUCCUGUGACUUCCUCCGACUGCAAACAAGACACAAUGAAGGUUGCCGUUGUUUUCGUUCUGCUGUUCGCCACAGUCCUCUGCCGGCCGGCAAAAAAGGUUUCUCUCAGCAGUUCAGAGAGCUCUGAAGAAGUGGCGAGAAGACCAGCAUCUCCUCCCCUCAGCAAACAAGCGCUUCCUCAGCUGCGUGCAGCACCUGUACAGAACAUUGAAGCAGCACCUUCUACCAACUCAGACGAGACCACAGAGAUCUCAGAAGAAGACGAGCCGGUGGCAGCAGAGGCUCCAAUGGAAAUCAAAUCUGAGGGCGCUGACACAACUUCAUCCCCAGAAACAGCCUCUGUCGGCAGCCAGGAUAGUCAAAACAGUGAUGAUGAUGAUGAUGAUGAUGCUGACGAUGACGAUGAAACAGAGGAGGGUGAAAUUGAUGAGGAUGAAUCUAGCAACAGCUCCGAGUCGGGCGAGUCCUCAUCCCCCGCUCCUUCCACUGAAACCCCUGUGGUAGUCACAGAGGAAACCGUGGCUGAGACCACUGCUGAGCCCAUCGUGCCUACCAUCGUCACCGACACAGAUUCAGGCCGCGGCGACAGCUUGGGAGGCUACCCCAGCGACUACAAGUCCAUCGUCUACGUGGAGGAAAAGUCCUAUCACAAGGUUCCCGGCCCCUACAAGUCCUAUGAGUUCAUGGGCACAGGGAAGAAGAUGGACUAUGACAUGACAGAGGGCAACGAGGUGGACAAGUCACUGAAGGUGUACAAGGUACAGGCUAUUCAUGUCCACUCUGACAUCCUGGAGGAGGACACCAGCACCCCUGAGGUGGAGAGCCAGGGCCUUGAUACCUCCUCCGGCACCUCUCAGGACCAGGACAUCAGCAACCGCCAGGCCUCCUUCCCAGAAGAGGAGGAGAGCGCCAGCGCCAGCGACGCCACCACAAGCGACGCCACCACAAGCGAGAGCUCUAGCACUCCUGAGGAAGAGGAGGAAGAGGAAGAAAGCGCAAGCACAGCAAACGACAGCGCCAGCGCCAGUCAGGAGUCAGAGGACGAGGAGAGCCAGAGCAGCGAGGAGGCCACUGCCACGCCCGGAGCCGCUGACAGCGAAUCAGAUGAGAGCGCCGAGAGUGACUCAGAUGAGGAGGGGGCGGGACCUGUCAUCACCACUGACAUGCCAGAGGUCAUCACUGCCAAAUAAGCAUCUCCCAUCCAAUGGAAAUGGAAUGGAGGUGUCAGAUAGAAUAAAGAGCACACGCUGCAUUCAGGUGCCCUCCACUUUCCACUGUGGGGCCAAACAGGGACAGCCAAGGCUUGAUUAUUAUUGAUUUCAAUUUGUUUCUGUGAUUAUUGGUGCAUCUUUAGGAAAGCUGAAUUGCUGUUCCUUCUGGAUUGUAUUUAAAUAAACCAUCUACCCCUGCAUCCUGUGGUCUGGUUGCCCUGGUAAAUCCCGUGUUUGACCUCGCAGACAGGAAGUGGUAGGAUGGUGAAACUGCGACUGCAACAGAAGGUUGACUGACCUCAUGACCUUUGCCCCCUCCCUUCAAACCUCCGUAGCUGGAAAGAGAGUUGAGACCUGAUAUCUACACUAGCACCACAUGUCAUUUAACCAUUUACUUAUUACUGCAAUAUGCAAACCUACAUUGUUGUGUGCUUAUAAGAAUACAAUUGCAACGUUUAUUUAAAUACAUGUAAUCGUUUUAACUGUAAUAAAAAAACUUGACAUUAAGCCAUACAUUUGCUGCCCGUGUGGCUUAGCUUCUUUGCUAGCUAGUUACAAGUCUGCUGGAGUAGAACAAGGACACACACACACACACACACACACACACACACACACAAUCAUGCAUUCAACACAAUCCCGUUCAUUUGCACAGUUACCUACCUACACUACAUGUUGUUUGUCCCAUGUUGUUUACUGUAAUGUAUCAUAUUGUACCAUUUAUAAUAUUUUAAUAAAGUUCUUUUUUCAUAAAAAGA